GAGGAGCGAGGCGACAGAAAGCUGGAGACAAGGAAACAGGGACAUCGAGGUAAUGGGCCUUCCUGCCCCAAAACCAACUCCACCCAACACAAUCCACGGCACUAGUCUAGUCUACGACGCAGAUCAGACACGACUCAAGUAUCCCCCGCUCACUCUCACGUCUAUCCCGCCUCGUCGCGCGCACCAAACGGGAAGCUGCUCUGUUCUAAACCGCGAUCCGCGCCACAGCUCUAACCUUGCGACCUCUCUAGCCCAGAAACCAGCGCGAAAUCAGCGCUGCCGCUAAACCUUUGCCGCGCUCCUCACUGCGGUCUCCCCGCGCCACUCACGCAACGCCCCCCCGAUUCACCCUCGCUGCCCUUCUGUCAUCUCCUACUCUCCCCCUUGCCCUGGGGUGGAAAGGAGAGCGGAGUGAGCAUGGGAAAGCGGGAGAGAGGCGACGUGGUGUGCGGAGUCAACCAAGAACAAUACCCCGUAACAAAGUUAGGGGUGUGAUUUUGGCCAUGGAGGAUAUUGUGGGGAAGGGUAUGGGGUGCAUAAGCUGGGUUGAUGUGAAGAUGCAACGAGGGUGACAGAAGGGAUCUCGUCUGGAUUGCCGAGUUACAAUGCAUUAGCCUGUAAUUAUUGACGGUGGCCUGUAUUUGCAGCCAUCAAGUGUACCUUGACCCAAAGAGCCUUGGUUAUGGAUGACGAUAAUGUUUGAAUGAAAUAGACUUCACAGCACUGCAGCAUGUCUUUGGCUCCUCUGUAGAUAAUCACCCCCUCAACACCAACCCUCUCCCAUGCUGUCUUGUCUUCUUUCAUCACCUACUCCAUACCAUCUAUCUAUGGCUGCCUCAUAAUCCCCCGACUUGGCCAGGCCCUCUAAUCACAUGGCGGAUGGGAGCAUGCAGGCGUGGCUGGAGGAGGGGAGCAGAGUACGGAAGAAGGGGAGGAGGGGGGGGAAGGGAGGGCGCAUGGGAGAUGGAAGCGGGGAAAGGCAGGGAUCGGAGCGGGGAAAGGCGGGGAUCGGAGCGGGGAUAGGCGGGAAUCGGAACGAGGAAUGGCGGGGAUCGGAGCAGGGAAAGGCGGGGAUCGGAGCGGGGAAAGGCGGGGAUCGGAGCGGGGAAAGGCGGGGAUCGGAGCGGGGAAAGGCGGGGAUCGGAGCGGGGAAUGGCUGGGAUCGGAACGGGGAAAGGCGGGGAUCGGAGCGGGGAAAGGCAGGGAUCGGAGCGGGGAAAGGCGGGGAUCGGAGUGGGGAAAGGCGGGGAUCGGAGGGGGGAAAGGCGGGGAUCGGAGUGGGGAAAGGAGGGGAUCGGAACGGGGAAAGGCAGGGAUAGGAGCGGGGAAAGGUGGGGAUAGGAGCGGGGAAAGGAGGGGAUUGGAAAGGGCGCAUCGGCAUGUCGUGACCCCACCAGCGAAUGAACAUAGCGCCGGCAGGCAGGGCUGCGUGAGCUGAAUAAUGCCCCGCUGCGUGGUUCACGUCCCUCUAUAACUCGCAGUUAUCUGAAAAUAGCGCGUGCACGGUGUUUACUCGACGGGAAGGGUGGGGGACAACGUUUUGACCUAAGAGUGCAGAGUAAACUCCGAGGCACUUUGCAUCUUGGUGGGUUGGUGAGAUGCGCGUUCUGCAGUGCUGACCCUGCGUCGUAUAACUGUUGCUUGGCCAAUCACCUAUUUGCGCUUGCCAAGUUUCCCCCUCUCGCAGGCCAUCAGGGUUAACAAGUUUCCUGUGUGGGGGCAUGUCAAGGGUUCGCCCGUUUGAAGGUUCAAAAUCCUUUGAACCUUAAAGUUAUUGUAUACUUUCGCUUUAAGUAGCGGGUCAGCGCGCCCAUAGCCCUCUAGGCAUACCAGCCUAUGGCCCUUCCAAGGAUCUUCUAGGGCGACCCUAGCGAGUCUCUUGACAGAUGUAUGACUGUUGCUUAGAUAUGUGGUUGUUUGGUUGUUGCUGUCUGCAGUGGCAGCAGCAAUGUCAAGAAAUGGGCCAAGCUUGCCAUUAGAUGAACGGGAAAGUGUCCAUGUGCUAAAUGUGUUACACUGGGAUAACAUGCACGAAGCCCAUGGGUUAUACAGUUAAUGGGGUGGUUUGUAGU